GUCUGCGCUCUGCUAACCUGUCGCGAGGCGCCUUUCUGCUCGGCGACACUGCCUUUUUUAUCACCACUGCACCGCGCGGGACCAGCCCGUUCGCUACUCCCUGCAGCUGCUCUGCUGUCCGCCUCCGCUCGCGUGAAGGAAUCAUGUAGACGCGAUUUCGUGUGCGCAUCGCCACCACCGCCGCCGAGAACAUCCAAGAGUGCAGCCGCGUUUUUUCUCGUGUCGUCGCUCUCCGAGUUGCAAGUUUCGUCUUUCUCGCCCGCACGAGCAGUCAAGGAGAAGAAGCAGCAGCAGCAGCAGCAUCAUGUCGGAGGUGCGGAAGAGGACAGUAGCCGAGGCAGUGGCGAAGGACGUUAGCGACGAUCAAAAAGAAGAUAUUGAAUCAGAGGAUGAUGCCAAACUUGAUGUUGAUGAACUUACGAAAACCUUGCCACAAGGAACAGAUCAUACCCCAGAGAUACUUGGCUCUGCACUUUCUGGCUUAUCUGAUCGCUGGAAAAAUUGGGUCAUCAGGGGUAUUUUCACUUUUUUGAUGAUAGGUGGAUUUUGUCUCAUCAUAUAUGGAGGUCCUUUGGCUCUGAUGGUCACGGUUCUAAUUGUGCAAGUUAAAUGUUUUGAAGAAAUCAUCAAUAUUGGUUAUGCUGUGUAUAGGAUUCAUGGUUUGCCCUGGUUUCGUUCAUUAUCGUGGUACUUUUUAAUUACUUCCAAUUACUUCUUCUAUGGAGAAAACUUGAUGGACUACUUUGCAGUUGUCAUAAAUAGAACAGACUACUUACGUUUUCUCGUAACGUACCACAGAUUCGUUUCGUUCUGUUUAUAUAUUAUUGGGUUCGUUUGGUUUGUACUUUCACUGGUGAAAAAAUACUACAUGAAACAAUUUUCAUUAUUUGCAUGGACUCACGUCGCUCUGCUAAUAGUAGUAACUCAAAGCUACUUGAUUAUUCAAAAUAUUUUUGAAGGUUUAAUAUGGUUUAUUGUACCAGUGAGUAUGAUCGUCAUAAACGAUGUGAUGGCAUAUGUCUUCGGAUUCUUCUUUGGCAGAACACCGCUAAUAAAAUUGUCUCCUAAAAAGACGUGGGAAGGUUUCGUAGGUGGCGGUUUUUCGACUGUCGUACUUGGAUUAAUGAUGUCGUACGCCAUGUGCCAAUACCGCUACUUCGUCUGUCCGAUCGAAUACAGUGAAGCUCUAGGUAGAAUGACCAUGGAUUGUGAACCUUCUUACUUGUUCAGACCGCAAGAAUAUACUUUGCCGAAUUUCUUGCAAGUCGUCACUAAUAUGUUUAAAUGGAAGUCAACCGUCACAAUGUAUCCGUUUAUGUUGCAUUCCUUAUCGUUGUCGGUAUUUAGUUCGGUAAUAGGUCCAUUCGGCGGCUUCUUUGCAAGCGGUUUCAAGAGGGCGUUUAAGAUUAAAGACUUUGGUGAUGUAAUACCCGGUCAUGGCGGAAUAAUGGAUAGAUUUGACUGUCAGUAUCUGAUGGCAACUUUCGUUAAUGUCUACAUCUCGUCUUUCAUUCACACAGCUUCUCCCCAGAAACUAUUGCAGCAGGUCUUUACAUUAAAACCCGAGCAGCAACUUCAGUUAUUCCAGACUUUGCAGGAUUCGUUGCAACACAGAGGUCUUUUAAAUGCUUCCUAAAUCGUUAAUCUCAAAAAGAUGCGAUUUUGCGUUUAUUACGAUAGCUACCUGAUCACCGUGUACCAUAAUGGCUGAGUCUAUUCGAUGUUAGACAACCAUUUGAUUGGUCAGUGAAAAUCCUCGAUCAAACAGUCUUUAACUUUUUUACGGGUAUUUCGUAACUCUUUUUCAUGAGAGCAAUCCAAUGAAUAUUGGCUUUUUGUUCAUGCUCUUCAAUACUUUGGGUUACCACUUUAGUUCAACAAACCUCAAUCCACAAUCGUACAGCAUUGUGCAGAAAGAGUUUUGAUGGUUUGAUGAUUGUAAGUCGCAAAUAAUCAUUUCCAUAUUUUCAUGGGCGUCAUUAUAUAUGAAGAUUUUUUUAAUUUUCGAAUGCAAUAAGUGAGUGAAAAGUAAAUAGAUCUCGCAAAGCUUUUUUUAAAUCGUGCAUUUAAACCGAACAUAUAUAUGCAAUCUUUUUAUGAAAUCAGAGAUUAUCCACGCGGCGUCAGAGAAUUUUACGUUGUUAUAUGGUUACGUGAAUCAUUGUUGAAUAUUGUUCAUUAUGUGUUUAGUGAAGUCUUGUUGUAAAAUAGUAAGAGUUUCACAAAUCUAAAGAGCGCUAAAAGUUUUGUGGAUCUCGAUACUCUAGAUAUGUAUAAAUGUAUUUCUUCGCAUUUACCGGCAUCGGACACGUGAGUGUUUGCCAGUUCAUCGGCAAUUUGAUAUUGCACGAUAAGCGAUGUAACAUUACAUGUAUAUGUGUAUUGUAGAAAUCUCAUUUAGAUUAAUCUCAUUCGGUCAAAUUGGGCAAGAAACAUGACCAAAAAAAAAAAAAAAAAAAAAUUAUAUGCCGCACGAAACAAAUCCAUUCUAUUAUCUUUUUUUUUGUUCUUUAGUAGGUAUAUUUGAAUUGUCACGCAUGCCAAAAAGAAGCGACAAAAGUCCUACAAACAGAACGAGAAAAUAAAAUAAAAACAAAAACGGAAGCACUUGAGUAAAAGUCAUACGAACGACCCGUUUUCUCUAACUGUCCUGUAAAAUACUGUAAGUUUAUCCGGGAAAAAGCAAAAUGAACAAUCUCAAGCAUACAAGAGUACACACAGUGAUAGAUGCAUAAAGAUUCGCGUGCAGAUAUAGGUAUUUAGGUAUAUUAAAAAUUACAGGAGCUUGUCGAAGCGCGAGUACUCCACUGUAUGUACUUACAUUCAGUAAGUCCUAUACUUGUACGUAUAUUUUGUUACGUUAUACGCUUAAACAUACAUAUAGGUGUGAUAAUUAUGUGAAUGUUUUAUUGUUGUUGAUUGAUUUGACGGUUGUGGAUAUAAGAGACAUGAGCGGGUGCAUGUGAGCGUGAGGACGAGCGCGCGUGAACUUUUGGGAGAGAAGCGACAGAUUAUAUUAGAGAGAAAACAGAUUUAUGAAUAUAAUUACGAAAUGUUGCAACACCUGUAUAUUUUAAUGUGACGGUACCUUAAGUUAUAAAGUAAAUAUACAUUGAUCUAUUUAUGAUAUGUAGCGACGGAAAAUUUAAAAUAAAGAUGACUUGUCAAACGAG